UAUCCUCUGAAUACUAGUCCUGAUUCCUGGCUCUAGAAAAUAAAACCUUAGGACCCAUCACAGACAAAGAAGCAAUUAAUUCACCAGCUACAUAGUUUUUCUGUUUGAAGUGCUACAAACAAUGGCAGCUAAUCAGGAAGAUGUGACGCUUUUGGGAGUUGUUGGAAGCCCGUUUGUGUGCAGGGUCCAGAUUGCCCUCAAAUUGAAGGGAAUUGAAUGCAAAUUUUUGGAAGAAAAUUUGGCAAACAAGAGUGAUCUACUUCUCAAAUCCAACCCCGUUUACAAGAAGGUUCCAGUGUUUAUUCACAAUGAGAAGCCCAUAGCAGAGUCUCUUGUGAUUGUUGAGUACAUUGAUGAGACAUGGAAGAACAACCCCAUCUUGCCUUCUGAUCCUUACCAAAGAUCCUUUGCUCGGGUUUGGUCCAAGUUCAUAGAUGACAAGAUUGUGGGUGCUUCAUGGAAAUCUGUUUUCACGGUUGAUGAGAAAGAGCGUGAGAAGAAUGUUGAAGAAUCGUUGGAGGCUCUGCAGUUUCUUGAGAAUGAACUACAAGACAAAAGGUUCUUUGGAGGAGAUGAAUUUGGAUUUGUAGAUAUUGCUGGUGUCUUCAUUGCAUUUUCAAUCCCAAUUUUCCAAGAAGUAGCAGGGUUGCAAUUAUUCACCAGUGAGAAAUUUCCUAAGCUCUUCAAAUGGAGCCAAGAGUUGAUCAACCACCCUGUUGUCAAAGAUGUCCUUCCUCCUAGAGAACCACUUUUUGCCUUCUUCAAAUCCCUCUAUGAAAGCCUUUCUGCUUCAAAAUAGAUUGUUUAAGAAUGAUUGUGUGAACUACUUGUCGCUCAUUGAAUUAUUGUUGUUUGAAUUUCUUGUCAAUUUGAUACUAUAUGUAAUUUAGUAACCUGGGAUAUUAGGAUAUCCCCAAGGAACAAAGAAUCCUAGGAUUUUGUUUCCAUUUUUGCCAUUUCAGUUAAUAAUUAAAGAAACUCUAUUUUUUCUUGAUACAAA